UCAGGGGCUUGGCCGCGGUUACGCAACCAGGACAAACUUUCAGCUUCUCACAGGCCUGCCGCGGCGCCGGAGCAGCAACGUGCGGGCAGGGUGCAGCUGCGCACGCGUGUCUUUCUUUCCUGCCUCUCACAGCACGGCGUUGAGGACACGGCAGCAGAAUGCGAAAGGCUGGGAGCCACUGUUCAAGCCUUCGUGGUGGACUGCAGCAAAAGGGAGGAGAUCUACAGAGCUGCAGAGAAGGUGAAGAAGGACAUUGGGGAUGUCUCCAUCUUGGUGAAUAACGCUGGCGUGAUUACAGCUGCCGACCUGCUCUCGACUCAGGACCACCAGAUUGAAAGAAUGUUUGAAGUCAACAUUCUGGCUCACAUGUGGACCACAAGAGCUUUUCUGCCAACCAUGAUGAAAAACAACCACGGUCACAUUGUCACGGUGGCUUCGGCAGCAGGUCAUUUUGUGACUUCUUUCAUGGUGGCUUAUUGUUCAAGCAAGUUUGCUGCAGUUGGAUUUCAUAAAGCUCUGACAGAGGAGCUGUCUAGCCUGGGAAAGGAUGGAAUAAAAACUACGUGUCUUUGUCCGGUUUUCAUAAACACUGGAUUUGUCAAAAACCCCAGGACAAGGCUUGGAAAGAUUUUGGAGACUGAAGAGGUUGUAGAGGCCCUGAUGGAAGGAAUACUGACCAACCAGAAAAUGAUUUUU